ACCAUUUUGCUGAUAUGCAAAUCAAGGUUAUUUAGUUAACAAAGGCUUUCCCCUCGUCGGCACAUUCUGCGUUUCGAUAUAAACCUCGAGUGUGCUGCAGCUGAGUGGGAGGUGAGCAAUUCAAUAAAUGUAACAAUGGGGAAGAUCGUGUUCUAUGAGGAGAAGAAUUUCCAAGGUCACAGUUAUGAGUGCAGCAGUGACUGCCCAGACCUACACUGCUACUUCAAACGCUGCAACUCCAUCAGGGUGGAGAGCGGCUGCUGGGUCCUCUAUGAGCGCCCUCACUACAAGGGCUAUCAGUACAUCCUGAGCUCAGGAGAGUACCCUGACCACCAGCAGUGGAUGGGCUUCAGCGACAGCAUCAAAUCUUGUCGGUGUAUAACAAAUGUCUUUGGAAAUUCCUAUAAAAUAAGAAUUUAUGAGAGGCCAGAACUUGAAGGACAGAUGGCAGAGUACUGCGAAGACUGUCCCUCAGUCAAUGAGGCCUUGAAGUUCCGUGAGUUCAACUCUUGCGUGGUGAUGGAUGGCGCCUGGGCCUUCUUUGAGCAGCCCAACUACAGGGGGCGCCAGUACUUCCUGGAGCAAGGGGAGUACCGCAACUACACAGACUGGGGUGCCACCUCCCCCUCCGUGGGUUCUUUCCGCAGGGUCACUGAAUUCUAGAUCACCAUGGUGUUCCAACACUGGUUUUCAAAAAGUUGCUUGUGUGCCUCACGUACCAGCAAAUAAAGCGAUGACUAUGCUGCAAA